UGUUAGAUUGCAUGAAUCACUUCAUUUAGUCAUUGCUGCAGUAAAACGAAUCCGAAGCAACGCGUUGAAUACGCGGUUAUUUGCGCAGUUGUGUGAAGAAAAUGACGAACACUUUCAACAAUUACUCCUCCACACUGAAGUACGCUGGCUGUCGAAAGGCUUAUGUUUGACAAGAUUUUUUGCACUUUUUGAGACUAUUUAGAAUUUCUGGAUACUAAAGAUAAAAUUUUAAAAGAAAAUUUAAUGAAGAGGAAAACAGACAUCGCCUAUUUAACAGAUUUGUUUACAAAAUUUAAUAUGGUUAAUUUGAAAUUACAAGGCGACAGCUUAACAAAGUCCAUCUUAUCAGCGUUUCUUGCCAGAGUUAAACUAAUGAAGCAAAAUAUUGGACGGGGCGAAUUUUCUCAGUUCCCCAAUUUGUCACAGACAAGCUGCCAGGAAGGCGACGUUUCAACUUACGUUCAACAUUUAAAUGCCCUCUAUUCAGAUUUUGAAUCUAGGUUUGAGGAUAUUUUGACUAUGGUGAUACCACCGUGGAUAAUUAAUCCAUAUGGUGACAUAGAAGAAACGAAUGUCAUAAUACAAGAGGAACUGACUGAACUAAGUACAAACGAAGAAGUUAAGGUUCAGUUUAAAAACGAAUAUCAGCAAUUCUGGCUGCAAAACAACAUACCCGUUACUUAUCCCUUGAAUAAAGAGAAUGUGCACAAUUUGGCUGAAGUGAUUUUGAACAAAGUCAUUCAAACUUUAAUCAUAAAUUCUGGAUUCAAAUUGAAUCUCGCCUCGUCUCUGUCUCUCGCGCUCUGCAACCGCUGCUGGAACAUACAAACUGAAGUGUUCGAGCUUCACGCACUAAACGACGACCCUUAUAAGCUGCAACCCUACCAAAUCUAA